AUGGCUGAGGAGGAGCAGGCAACGACGGUGGUGCCAGCGGCCCCUACCAAAGACAUUCGCUAUGAUUAUAUUCGGGACCGUGUGUGCUCGUGCCUGAAAAUUAAUGAAACGGCUUUCGAAAAGCUUCUUAACGGAGAUGGAAGGACGCCCGUUACACAAUUCCUCGAAGAAGCUAAUACAAGGAGGCUCUUGUUUUCUCAUGAUGGCAAGGACUUGAGCGCGACAAUCAAGCCACCGCAGAAAUUCAAGAAGAAAACGGUGUACUUCUUGAAGCUUCAGGACAUAAAGCUUGAUAAUGAUGGAAUUAGAAAGCUGGUCAUUCACGGCGAGAUAUCGGAGAACCCGCUGGAGACCCUGGCAUCCAUCUCGCAGGAUGUGUUCAUGCCUGUGCUCACGGGGCCUGCAAACCAGCAGGGUUGGCCCGACGUCGUGGCGAAGGAGGUUACGGAAAACCUGCACAAAUUCGUGUCGAAUGUGUUUGUCACCAUUGGGCAGAUGAAGGGGCAGACCCUCCUACCUUUGCCUCCUCAAACAACGGUGCCGACCAUUCAUCCGGAACAGCACAUGAACAGCCUGAAGGAUCAAGAUAAGAUCCACAUUCUCGAGAGCGCGAUCGUCACAUGGACGAAGCAGAUAAAGAAUGUACUGAAGUCGGACCCGGACGCCCCGCUCAAGGAGCCCGGUGCUUAUCCGGGCCCGCUUACGGAGCUUAACUUCUGGUCGGAGCGCGCAGCAAACCUUAACUCUAUUCAUGAGCAGCUGACCAGCGAAAAGACGCAAAAGGUGGUCAAGGUACUGGAGCUUGCGAAGAGCACCUACUACCCGGCGUUCCAGAGGCUGUUCCGUGAGGUGGAGGCGUCGCGACAAGAGGCCAAUGAUAACGUCAAGUUCCUCAAGCCGCUUCGCAAAUACCUGGAGCGGCUCAACACCAUGGACGACUUUUCGCAACUCGUGGACCUCUUCAAGCCCAUCAUGCAUACCCUGAUGCUGAUCUGGAAAUACAGCAGGUCGUAUAACAGCAGCACGCGCUUCGUGACGCUUAUGCAAGAGAUCUGCAACGAUCUCAUCAUGCAGGCAUGCAAGUUCGUGCCGGGCAGCGACCUGAUUCAGAUGGAACCCUCCGAGGCGGUUGACAAGCUGCGCAUGACGCUGCGCGUGUUGGGCACCUUCAAGAACUACUACUUCGAGUACCGCGCUCUCAGCCUGCAGGACACUCCGGACAACCCCUGGAAGUUCCAAAACAACUCGCUGUUUGCACGGCUCGACUCGUUCCUGGAGCGCUGCCAUGACAUGAUGGACCUCAUGUCCACGUGCAUGCAAUUUAACCGACUGGAGCGUGUGGAAAUUGGCGGGACCAAAGGCAAGGUGCUGACCAACGGCGUCAAGGCCAUCCACCAGGACUUCACGUCCGCGGUCGAAAAGUUCCAGCAGGUAACCUACGACGUGAUGGACGUGGAUGCGAAGCAGUUUGACGAGGACUUUUACGGCUUCCGUGUGGUCAUCAAGGAGCUGGAGCGGCGCCUAGCGGCCAUUAUCAUCCAGGCCUUCGAUGACUGCACGACAAUCGGCACAACAUUUAAGCUGCUGGACAGCUUUGAGGGCCUGCUGGACCGCGAGGUCAUUGCGCACGACCUGGAGAAAAAGCAUACGGACCUGCUCCACAGCUACGCGCGCGACCUCAAGGACGUUGCUGACCUGUUCCACCAGUACAAGGACCGCCCCAUUGUCGCCAAAAAUAGCGCGCCCUAUUCGGGUGCCGCCUACUGGGUCCGUGGCCUGAUGGAGCGCAUCAAGGACCCCAUGGACCGUAUCCAGACCAUGAACAAGAUGGUCCUGGAGACCGAGCUCUUCAAGGAGAUCCAGCGCACGUACGACCACCUGUGGGACGAGAUGACUGAGUAUCGCAAGCGCGCCGUGGACGCAUGGUGUGCUCAGGUGGCUGCCACGAGCGAUGAGAAGCUUAACCUGCCGUUGCUGCAGUUGGUGGAGACCACGCCUGAAGGCAUCCGUGUCCUGGGCGUCAACUUUGACCCAGCACUCGUGCGGUUGCUGCGCGAGACCAAGUAUUUCCUGUUGCUGGAGACCAUGGGCCCGGCUCCGGAGAAGGUUGGCGCGAGCACCGGUGACGCGACGCCCAAAGAGGCAACCGCCGCCAUGGCAUCGGUGCCGGACAGCGCCAAGGACCUGUUCGCUGCGUCGGAUACUUUCCGCCAGCAGAUCAGCAGCCUGGAUCUCAUUUGCAGCAUCUAUAACAAGGUGCAGCGCACGAUCCUGGCGGUAGAGAAGCCGCUGGUGCAGCAGAAGCUGGACGCAGUGGAGCAGGCGCUGAACCGUGGCCUGGCGGAGCUCAACUGGAAGAACGAGAGCAUCGAUGCGUACAUUAAGGAGUGCAUGGAGCUGGUCAAGGAUGUGGACCUGGUACUCAAUACGAUUAAGGACAAUGUACGCGCCACGCAGAACAUUCUGCUGCAGUGGGAGAAGAACCUGAUGUUCGAGCGCAAGGAGGGCAAGACGUACUCGUUCGACGAGCUGAAUGACGCGUUCAACCAGCUCAUCCAGCAGCGCCACUCGGAGAUCCGCGACGCGGGCAAGGAGAUCACUAAGCUGCUCUCCUCCAGCAACCGCGUGCUCAAGGUCAGCAAGGGCGCGGCCUCAUGGCGCGCGUACGUGGACUACUUCUCCAAUAUUGUCAUCGACGGCUUCUCGGUGGCCAUCAUCAGCACAGUGCGCUACCUGCUGUCUCAGAUUGACCCAGAGGCGUUGGCGAAGUCGGAGAGCAGUCCGCUGCUGGAAAUCCAGGUGGAGCUUGUGGCACCCGACAUAGUGUGGAAGCCGGAGCUCGGCGAGGGUGGCGCCAAGCCAGGUGUGCGUGACAUGAUCAAGAAGUGGUUGCAGUCGUUCCUGGAGAUAGGUCAGCUCAUGAAGCGUCUGGACGUCGGCGAGGGCAACUACGCGAAGGAGCUGGAGGAGGACUUUGAGGUGUACGACUCGCUCAACCAGGUCAUGACGGUAACGCUAGCCAACGAGUCACGCUGCGAGGAGUUCAAGGCGCAGUUUGCCAAGUUCGAUUAUCUAUGGAAGCAGGACCUGCAAGGCACGCUACACCAGUUCAUCGCCGAUAACGGCGUUACGCUGCCGGACGGCACCAAGGACGACCCGCCGCUUGCGAAGUUCGAGGAACAGAUUGCUAAGUACAAGAACAUUGCAACGGAGAUCGCGUCGUUCAAGGACACCAUGACGAUUGGCUACGUCAAGGUCAAUGCCAAGCCGCUCCGCCAGGCGCUGUCCACGUGGGCCUCCAAGUGGGUCUACCUGUUCACGCACUACCUGCAGGAGAAGGUGGUGAACAGCAUCACGGAGCUGUACAGCUUUAUGGACGUGUCCAACCACACACUGGACCUCAAGGUGCUUGGCGAGGGCAGCGAAGAGGAGGAAUACCACGCGGAGGAGGAUUCGGAAGAGGCGGCUGCCAGGAAGGCCCAGGAGGAGGAGGAAAAGCGCAAGGCGCUGUACUCCAUCAUGGCCUGCAUGCGCGACAUUCGCCGCCGCACUGAGCGCGGCACCGACAACAUGUUCGAGCCCCUCAAGGAGACAGUAUCGCUGCUGCACUCGUUUGGCAUCCAGCUCAACGACACUGUGCUGCACCAGCUGGAUAAUGCGGAGUUCAACUGGCGCAUGCUUAAGAAGAAAAUGCUCAACCGCCGUGAGCAGCUGGCUCCGUUGCAGCAGGCCGAGGCGGUGGAGAUCCGACGCAAGUCAGACGCUUUCAACGAGCGUGUGGAGGAGUUCCGAACCUUCUUCCAGCGUAAGGCGCCCUUCACGGUCACCGGCGGCGAGCUCAAGCUGGAACAGGUCAAACCUUCCUACAAGAUGCUGGACGAAUUCCGUUCAGGCAGCGUGGAGGGCUACCCGUCUGUGUUGGGCAUCAUCGCUGAGUCCAAGCAACUGCAGGAGGCACAGGAUCUGUUCGAGCUGUACCAGUCUGACUACCUGAAGUUACAGCGUUGCAAUGAGGAGCUGGGCCACCUGAAGAAUCUGUGGGACACAGUGGGGACUGUCAUGUUCACCUUCCGUGACUGGUACAAGACGCCAUGGGACAAAAUUGACGUGGAUUUCCUGGUGGAGGAGACCAAGAAGCUGUCGAAAGACAUCAAGACUCUCAACAAGGCUGUCCGCAACUAUGACGUGUACCGGAUGCUGGAGGAGUCCAUCAAAGCGAUGCUCACGUCGCUGCCGCUCGUGCAGGAUCUGCACCAUCCGGCCAUGCGCGAGCGGCAUUGGAAGCUGCUCAUGCAGACGACCGGCAAGCACUUCGUCAUGGACGACAAGUUUUGUCUUGGCGACCUGCUGGCACUGGAGUUACACAACUAUGUGGAUGCCUGCUCUGAGAUUGUGGAUCGCGCGCAGAAGGAGCUCAACAUCGAGAAGCAGCUCAAGAAGAUUGAGGACACGUGGGCCGGUCUCAGCCUUGGCUUCGCUCCCUACCAGGAUUCGGACGUCGUGGCGCUGCAAGUGGAGGAUGCGGUGAACGAGGCGCUGGAGGCGGACAACUUGCAGCUGCAAAACCUAUCAGGUCAGAAGUACGUGCAAUCCAACCCCAUGUUCCUGGAGACCGUGUCCAAAUGGCAAAACAACAUGGGCAAGGUUUCAGCGGUGCUGGAGACGUGGCAGAACGUACAGAAGAAGUGGCAGAACCUGGAGUCCAUUUUUAUUGGCUCGGCGGAUAUCCGUGUACAGCUGCCUGAGGAUUCGAAGCGCUUUGACGCCGUGAACGCCGACUUCCAGGACCUCAUGCGCGUCGCGCCCGACAUCACGAACGUGGUAGAGGCUUGCACGUUUGAGGGCCGCCAGGAGCGGCUGGAGAACAUGCAGACCAUGCUGGAGCAGUGCGAGAAGGCCCUGCAGGAGUAUUUGGAAACCAAGCGUGUGGCCUUCCCACGCUUCUAUUUCGUGUCACCGGCUGACCUGCUGGACAUCCUGUCCAAAGGCUCUAACCCGCAGCUCAUCCUGCGCCACCUGCAGAAGUGUUUCGAUAAUAUCGACAACCUGUCCUUCAGGAAGGACGAGCGCGGUGACCCGACCAAGAUCGCCACGCAUAUGCAUUCCAAGGAAGGCGAGGUGGUGGAGUUUGUUGCGGACUGCUCUUGCGAUGGACCCGUGGAGGUUUGGCUGCAAAACGUGGUGGACAGCAUGAAGCUAGCACUGCAGGUGGAGUUCCGCAAGGCCAUUCCCACCUACGAUGAGAUGCCUCGCACUACCUGGCUCUACAAGUACAGCGCGCAGAAUACAGUGGUUGUCAGCCGCACAUUCUUCACUCAGGAGGUCAAUGAGGCUUUCGACGAUCUCGAGGAGGGUAACGAGGAGGCGCUCAAGGUGGAGUUGGACCGUCAGGUGCAACAGCUGGCGGACCUGAUCGAUGACAUCAACAAGGAGCAGACGUCGUUGGACCGCAAGAAGCUCAUCACGCUGUGCACGAUUGAUGUGCACUCGCGUGACCUGGUGCAGAAGCUAAUUGAUGAGCGUGUCGAGGACCAGAUGUGCUUCCAGUGGCAGUCACAGCUUCGGUACCUUCAAUCUGAGAAGACGAAGACCUGUCAGGUCAACAUCUGCGAUGCCGAGAUCGCCUACAGCUAUGAGUACAUCGGCAACUGCGGUUGCCUCUGUAUCACACCACUUACCGACCGUUGCUUUAUCACCCUCACCCAGGCCCAGCGCCUGGUCCUGGGUGGUGCACCAGCCGGCCCGGCUGGCACGGGCAAGACUGAGACUACAAAGGAUUUGGCGCGCGCACUGGGUAUCCAGUGCUACGUGUUCAACUGCUCGGACCAGAUGGACUACAAGGCGAUGGGCCACACCUACAAGGGUCUGGCACAAACGGGCGCGUGGGGAUGCUUUGACGAAUUCAACCGCAUUCCCGUCGCCGUGUUGUCGGUGUGCAGCACACAGUACAAGACGGUACUGGAUGCGAUUCGCGCCAAAAAGGAGCGCUUCAUCUUCGAAGACGCGGAGAUCAGCUUGAAGCCCACCGUCAUGGCUUUCAUUACUAUGAACCCCGGAUACCCUGGCCGCGCCGAGCUCCCGGAGUCACUCAAGGCCCUUUUCCGACCGGUUUCCAUGGUUGUACCCGAUCUGGCGCUGAUUUGCGAGAUUAUGCUCAUGGCGGAGGGCUUCCAGAUGUCCAAGAUCCUGUCGCGCAAGUUCGUGAUCCUGUACAAGCUGUGCGAGGACCUCCUGUCCAAGAGCCGCCACUACGAUUGGAAGCUACGCGCUAUCAAGACCACUCUUUACGUAGCCGGAGGCAUGAAGCGCGCCGCACCGGAGCUCAGCGAGGACAAGGUGCUGCUGCGUGCGCUGCGUGACUUCAAUCUGGGCAAAUUGACAGCCGAUGACACGAGCAUCUUCAUGGGCCUGCUUAACGACUUGUUCCCCAAGACUCUGGAACUGGUGCCGCGCGCACAGGACAAGGCAUUUGACGAGGCGGCGGCAAAGGCGGCUUCCGAGCUGGGCUACCAGCCAGAUGAACAGUUUCUGCUCAAGAUUAGCCAGCUGCGCGAGCUGUUCGUGGUCCGCUGGUCCGUCUUCUUGCUCGGCUCUGCAGGCUGCGGCAAGACGGCGGUGUGGCGCACGCUUAUGCGCGCUCAGAACGCUAUUGGCGAGAAGACGGUGUACCAGGCUGUCAACCCGAAGGCCGUCACCCGCAAUGAAUUGUACGGAUAUCUGCAUCCGGCCACCCGCGAGUGGAAGGAGGGCCUCAUGUCAGUCACUUUCCGCAACAUGGCCAACAACAAGUCCAACAAGCACCAGUGGAUUGUGCUAGACGGCGACAUUGAUGCUGAGUGGAUUGAGUCAAUGAACACCGUCAUGGACGACAACAAGAUGCUUACGCUAGCCUCCAACGAGCGUAUCCCGCUUACACCCUCUAUGCGCCUUCUCCUGGAGAUUAACCACAUGGUGCACUGCUCACCUGCCACUGUGUCGCGCGGCGGUGUCAUCUUUAUCAACGCUGACGAUGUGGGCUGGCAGCCGGUGGUGUGGAGUUGGAUUGACAAACUGGAGGCUGCGGAAUAUCGGCCGCUGCUCACGGCACUGUUCACCAAGUACGUGGAUCCCUGCCUGGAGCACUGCCGCCGCAACUUUAAGACGGUGGUGCCGCUGCCCGCGGUCAAUCAGGCCAUGACUAUCUGCAAGAUCCUGGAGGGCAUCCUGCCCAAAGAGACAGUGAGGGGUGCCCCGCCACCGGACAAGAAGCUGCUGCACUACCAUUUUGUGUUUGCGUGCAUCUGGGCCUUCGGUGGCUGCAUGCUGGUGGACAAGGUCUCGGACUACCGCACGCAGUUCUCCAAGUGGUGGGUGUCGGAGUGGAAGGACGUGCAGUUCCCGGAGAAGGGCCUUGUGUACGACUACUUCGUCGACGAGCAGCAGUGCAUCAUGGUGCCGUGGGAAGAGAAGGUGGUCAAAUUCCAGUAUCUCCCAGGCGACUUUGGCUCGCUGUUCGUGCCGACUGUGGAGACCACGCGUCUGACGUACUUCCUGGAUUCGCUCAUCUCCAACAAGCACUUCGCCAUGUUUGUGGGCAAUACCGGCACCGGCAAAUCGGCCAUUAUGGUCAACAAGCUUCGCUCGAUGGAUACCGAGGCGAUGACCUACUACACCAUCAACAUGAACUCGCUGUCGGAGGCCCCCGCGUUGCAGAUCAUCCUGGAACAGCCGCUCGAGAAGAAGUCGGGUGUUCGUUACGGCCCACCUGGCUCUCGGCGCAUGGUGUACUUCGUGGACGACAUGAACAUGCCACUGGUGGACAAGUACGACACGCAGUCUUCCAUCGAGCUGCUCCGCCAGAUGGUCGACUACCACGGCUGGUACGACAAGGUCAAGAUCCAGCUCAAGGAGAUCAUCAACUGCCAGAUGGCGGCGUGCAUGAACCCUACUGCCGGUUCCUUCAACAUUACGCCGCGCAUGCAGCGGCACUUCGUGACGUUCGCGGUGCAGAUGCCCACAAGCGACAUCACUCGCGCUAUGUACUACCAGAUCAUCGAGGGACACCUGUCUACCUUCGAUGCAGACAUGUCAAAGAUGCCCAAUAAGCUGGUGGACGCCACCAUUGAGCUGCACCGUAACGUCAUGAACAACUUCCUACCGUCAGCAGUCAAGUUCCACUACCAAUUCAACCUGCGCGACCUCUCGAACAUUACCCAGGGUUUGUGCCGCAUGAUCAAGGAGUACUACCGCGAGCCGAUCAAGGCGGCCCGCCUGUGGGUGCACGAGUGCGAGCGUGUCUUCCGCGACCGUAUGAUUAACGAUGCUGACAUGGCCAAGUUUGACGAGUUCCGGGUGGCUGUCACGAAGAAAUAUUUUGACGAUUGCGGUGGCAUGGCAGCCGUUGAGGAGCGGCCACUAAUCUACGCUUCUCACGCAUCCAUGACAUAUACCUCGGACGACAUCGCUGUGUAUUGCGCCAUCAACUCGUACGACACAUUGCGCAAGACGCUGGAGGAUAAGCUACGUGAGUACAACGAGUCUAACGCUGUUAUGGAGCUGGUGCUGUUCCAGCAAGCCAUGGAGCAUGUUACCCGCAUCUCCCGCAUCAUCGACCUGCCGCGCGGCAAUGCUAUGCUCGUCGGCGUGGGCGGCUCCGGCAAGCAAUCACUCGCGCGCCUGGCGUCGUACAUUUGUGGCUAUGAGGUCUACCAGAUCUCCGUGUCGUCCACGUAUGGCAUUGCGGACUUCAAGGAGAAUCUGCUUGGGCUGUACCGCAAGGCCGGCACCAAGGGUACACCCAUCACAUUCCUCAUGACCGAUAACCAAAUUGUCAAGGAGGGCUUCUUGGUGUACAUCAACGACCUUCUGUCUACUGGCUACAUUGCCGACCUAUUCUCGGCGGAAGACAAAGAGGCGUUCUGUAACGCGGUGCGCAACGAGGUCAAGGGCGCCGGUAUCCUGGAUACCAUGGAGAACUGCUGGGACUUCUUCAUUGACAAGGUCCGCCGCUUCCUGCACAUUGUGCUGUGCUUCUCACCCGUGGGUGACAAGUUCCGCGUGCGCGCUCGCCAGUUCCCCGCGCUGGUCAACUGCACCAUGUUUGACUGGUUCCAUGGCUGGCCCGGCGAGGCACUGGUGUCGGUGGCGCAGCGCUUCCUGGUGGACGUACCCAACCUGGAGGAGGGCGUGCGUGAGAACAUCGCCUAUCAUAUGGCCUACGCGCAUCAGUGCGUUUCGGAGGCCUCGGAGCGCUUCAAGGAGGCGUUCCGCCGCUACAACUACACCACGCCCAAAUCCUACCUGGAGCUCAUCAGCCUCUAUAAGACGCUGCUGCAGAUUAAGCGUGAGGACCUGCGCCGCAGCAAGGAACGUCUAGAGAAUGGUAUCGACAAGAUCGCGCAGGCGUCGUCGCAGGUGACGGACCUGCAGCGCGUGCUGAAGGAAGAGCAGAUUGUGGUAGAAGAGAAGAAGGCACAGACGGACGAGCUUAUUGUUUCUAUUGGCCGCGAAAAGGCGGUGGUGGAUCAGGCCGUGGAGGCGGGCCGCGAGGACGAGGACGCGGCGACGAAGCUCCAAGCUGAUGUGUCAGCCUUCCAGGCGGAGUGCGAGCGUGAUCUGGCCGAAGCAGAGCCUAUCAUCCAGCAGGCUGAGGCGGCGCUGGACUCGCUUAACAAGAAGGAGUUGUCUGAGCUCAAAUCGUUCGGCAGUCCUGCGGCGGAGAUCGUGCAGGUGGCAGCUGCGUGCCUGGUGCUGACGUGCGGCGGCAAGAUCCCCAAGGACCGCGACUGGAACGCGGGCAAGAAGAUGAUGGCGGAUGUCAACUCGUUCCUGGCCAGUCUGAAGAGCUUCGACAAGGACAAUGUGCCGGUCGUUUGUGUGGAGACCUGCGAGAAGGACUACAUCUCGCUGCAGGGCUUUACCCCAGAGAACAUCAAGGGCAAGUCCGCUGCCGCUGCUGGUCUUUGCAGCUGGGUCAUAAACAUCUGCAAGUACUUCAGGAUCUACCAGGUCGUGGCGCCGAAGCGUGCCGCGCUGGCUGAGGCGAACAAGAAGCUGGACGCUGCCAAUAAGAAGCUCAGCGGCAUUCGCGCCGAGGUGAAGCGCCUGCAGGAUCGCGUGACACUUCUAGAGCAGAGCCUCAUGAAGGCCACGGAGGACAAGAAUGCCGCCAUCGCACAGGCGGAGCGCACUGCACGCAAGGCCCAGAUGGCGGAGCGCCUCAUCAACGGCCUGUCGGGCGAGAACACCCGCUGGGGUGCAGAGAUCAAGCGGCUGGAGUCGCUAGAGGGUCGCCUUGUCGGCGAUGUGCUUAUUGCCUCAGCCUUCGUCUCCUACGCGGGUCCUUUCAAUAUGCAGUUCCGCAAGGCGCUUGUGGACGAGAAGUGGCUGCCUGAUAUCAUUGAGCGCCAGAUUCCUAUGACCUCGGGCAUCAAGCCGCUCGACCUGCUGACGGAUGACGCCACCAAGGCCAAGUGGGCCAACGAGGGGCUGCCAACCGACCCGCUGUCGGUGGAGAACGGUGCUAUCAUGUCCAACGCCAGUCGCUGGGCGCUGAUGAUCGAUCCCCAGCUGCAGGGCAUCCGAUGGAUCAUCAACAAGGAGACCAACAAUGGCCUGGUCAUUAUCCAACAGAGCCAGCCCAAAUACAUUGACCAGGUCAUCCACUGCAUCGAGAAUGGCUGGCCCCUUCUGAUUGAGAACCUGCCGGUGGAUAUCGACGCUGUACUUGACCCUGUAAUCGGCAAGAUGACUAUCCGCAAGGCCCGAAACGUCAUCAUGAAGAUCGGCGACACAGAGGUGUCUUAUGACAGCCGUUUCCGGCUGUACCUGCAGACCAAGCUAUCCAACCCCCACUACAAGCCCGAGGUGGCGGCGCAGACAACACUCGUUAACUUCUGUGUCACAGAGAAGGGUCUAGAGGACCAGCUGCUGGCGCUCGUGGUGGACCACGAGCGACCAGAUCUACAGGAGCAGGCGGCUGGCCUGGUGCGCUCCCUCAACGAGUACAACAUUACACUGGUGGAGCUUGAGAACAAUCUGCUCUAUAACCUGGCCAAUGCUACGGGCAACAUCCUCGAGAACAUUGAGCUGAUUGAGGGUCUGGAGGAGACCAAGCGCACCGCUGUGGAGAUUGAGGAGAAGGUCAAGCUUGCCAAGCAGACCGAAGUCCAGAUCGCGAAGGCGCGCGAAGUCUACCGUCCCGUGGCGACGCGCGGGUCACUGGUGUACUUCUUAAUUGACAACCUGAAUGCGCUUGACCGUGUGUACCACUACUCAAUGGCCAACUUCGUCUUCGUGCUGAAGAAGGGCAUGGACAUGACACCGGGAAGCAAGGACGAGAGCAAGGUUCCCGUGGCGGAGCGUCUUGGUCAGGAGGUGGACCUGGACAAGCGCGUGGAGCUGCUAGUGGAGACUACCUGCUUUGUGCUCUUUGCGUACGUUGCCCAGGGCCUGUUUGAGCGGCACAAGCUCAUUGUUGCGACGCAGCUAUGCAUGCAGAUCCUGCGUUCACGCGGCGAGUUGCACUACGCCAAGUUUGAGUACUUGCUGCGCGGCCCCAAGGUUAUGGGGGCCGACAACCCGCUGCACGACUGGGUGUCGGACAGCGUGUGGGGCAGUGUACAGGCGCUCAAGGAGCUGGACGAUUACCAGGGCUUGCCUGAGGACCUUAUUGGCAGCUCCAAACGCUGGCGUGAGUGGAUGGAGCUAGAACGCCCCGAGGACGAGCCGCUGCCAGGCGAUUGGAAGCGCAUGCAGGAGUUUGACAAGCUGCUGCUUUUCAGGGCUCUCCGCCCAGACCGCCUGACAUCCGCCAUGGGCCGCUUCGUGACUAACAUGUUGGGCGCCAAGUAUGUGACCAGCCAGCCGUACGACCUUGAGCGAUCCUACCAGGACUCCAGCCCCGGUACGCCGAUCUUCGUGUUCCUGUCGCCCGGCGUGGAUGUAGCAGGCAGCGUGGAGGCGCUGGGACGGAAGCUGGGCUUCACGCUGGACAACGGCAAGUACGCAUCCGUGUCGCUAGGCCAGGGGCAGGAGCCCAUUGCCAUGGACCGUUUGUCCGCCGCGCACAAGAAUGGCGGCUGGGUUCUGCUGCAAAACAUCCAUCUCACCAUCGAGUGGACCACCAACCAGCUUGACAAAAAGGUGGACAAGCUGGUGGAAGGCGCACACUCCGACUUCCGGCUUUUCCUGUCAGCGGAGCCGCCGCCGGCGCUGGAGCGGGGUCUGCCGAUCUCGCUGCUGCAGAACAGCAUCAAGCUGACUAACGAGCCGCCGGAGGGGCUGAAGGCCAAUCUGCGCCGCGCCUGGAACAACUUUAACGAGGAGAUCCUGGAGAGCUGCGCCAAGCAGGCAGAGUUCCGCGCGAUCGUGUUUGCACUGUGCUACUUCCACGCGGCAUUGCUGGAGCGCAAGAAGUUUGGCGUGGGCAACCUGCCGGGCGCGCGCUCGGGCAUUGGCUGGAACAUGAACUACCCCUUCAACACGGGGGAUCUGUUGUGCUGUGGCCAGACUGCCAACAACUACCUGGAGAACAACGUCAAGGUGCCUUGGGAGGAUUUGCGGUACAACUUCGGCGAGAUUAUGUACGGUGGUCACAUUGUGGAGGACUAUGACCGCCGCUUGGCCAUGUGCUACCUUCGGAAGUACGUCAACGAGGGGCUGUUGGAGAACAUGGAGUUCUUCCCAUCGUUCGGCAUGCCGCCCAACACCGCCAACCACCGCCAGGUACUGGAGUUCAUCGAUGAGCAGAUGCCCCCCGAGACACCACUUGCGUUUGGCCUGCACCCCAACGCUGAGAUCGGCUUCAAGCUGCGCGAGGCGGAGUCGUUUUGCAACAGUUUGGUGCAGCUACAGCCACGGGAGAGCAGCGGCGAGGGCGGCAUGAGUGCCGAAGAGCGUGCCAAACUAGUGCUGGACGAAGUGGUGGACAAGCUGCCAGACAUUUUUGACAUGGAAGACGUGCGCUCCAAGAUCAAUCCAGACGACCCCAACAUGCCCUUCGUCAUGGUGGCCAUCCAGGAAUCGGAGCGCAUGAAUAUGCUGCUGGCGGAGAUGAAGCGCUCUCUGAUGGAGCUGGAUCUGGGCCUCAAGGGCGACCUGACGAUGACGGAGCCCAUGGAGCGCCUACUCAAGUCGCUGGCCACAGAUGCGGUCCCCGGCUCCUGGCGCAACUUGGCCUACCCCUCGCUGCGGCCGCUUGGCUCCUGGCUGGGCAACCUGCUUGCCCGGCAUGCACAGCUGGUGGACUGGACGGCCGAGCUCCUUACGCCCAAGGCGGUGUGGCUAUCGGGUCUGUUCAACCCGCAGUCCUUCCUGACGGCCGUCAUGCAGGCAACGGCGCGUCGCAACGACUGGCCGCUGGACAAGACGGUUAUCAUUACGGAAGUGACGAAAAAGCAGCCCGAUCAGAUCGAGGCCAACAGCCGCGAUGGCGCAUUCAUUCACGGGCUUACGUUGGAAGGCGCACGGUGGGACGACAAAAUUGGCGCGCUGGAUGAUUCAAAGCCGAAGGAGCUGUUCUGUCCGAUGCCGGUCAUUCUGGUGCGCGCUGUCACGCAGGACAAGGCAGAGAUGAAGGACGUGUACAAGUGCCCGGUUUACACGACGGAAGCACGCUUCCGCGAGGAGGUGUUCGAGGCGCAGCUGAAGAGCAAGCACUCGGAGAUUAAAUGGGUGCUGGCGGGCGUGUGCUUAUUCCUGGAUGUGGUGUAA